AUUUUCAAUAUCCUCCAUUAACAUUCACUCUCUCUCUCUAGAAAAAACCCUGCAACCACAGAGCAACAAUGAGGACAACUAUGUUGAGAUCCAUCCAAUCUUCACUUAAAUCCUCCACCGUUCUCCGCCGGAGCUACUCAUCGGAGUCCGCUCCGGAGCGCAAGGUCGCCAUCUUAGGUGCCGCCGGCGGCAUCGGACAACCGCUCUCUCUCCUCAUGAAACUAAACCCUCUCGUUUCUAGCCUCUCUCUUUACGAUAUCGCCGGUACUCCUGGUGUCGCUGCUGACGUCAGCCACAUCAACACCAGAUCUGAGGUGGUUGGUUACAUGGGUGAUGAGAAUUUGGGAAAGGCAUUGGAAGGUGCUGAUGUUGUUAUUAUUCCGGCUGGUGUACCGAGGAAGCCGGGUAUGACUCGUGAUGAUCUUUUCAACAUCAAUGCUGGCAUUGUUAAGGGUUUGUGCACAGCUAUUGCCAAGUAUUGCCCUCAUGCGCUUGUUAACAUGAUCAGCAACCCGGUCAACUCUACUGUACCUAUUGCUGCUGAGGUCUUCAAGAAAGCGGGUACCUAUGAUGAGAAAAGGCUGUUUGGUGUGACCACACUUGAUGUUGUCAGGGCGAAAACUUUCUAUGCUGGAAAGGCAAAGGUUCCGGUUUCUGGUGUGAAUGUGCCUGUUGUUGGUGGUCACGCUGGUAUCACCAUUCUACCUUUGUUUUCUCAGGCCACACCACAAGCAAAUAACUUAUCAGAUGAAGAGAUAGUUGCUUUAACAAAAAGAACUCAAGAUGGUGGAACGGAGGUUGUGGAGGCUAAGGCUGGAAAGGGUUCCGCUACACUUUCCAUGGCUUAUGCUGGAGCUAUAUUUGCUGAUGCUUGUUUGAAGGGACUUAAUGGAGUCCCAGAUGUUGUGGAGUGCUCAUUUGUGCAAUCAACCGUUACUGAACUACCUUUCUUUGCCUCUAAGGUGAGACUUGGCAAGAAUGGUGUAGAGGAAGUCCUAGGCUUGGGAUCGCUUUCAGACUAUGAGAAACAAGGUUUGGAAGCCCUUUUGCCUGAGCUAAAGUCAUCUAUUGAGAAGGGAAUUGCGUUCGCCAACAAGAGUUGAACAAAACCGUCUGCCAUUUAGUUCAAAGUUUCACAGUUUUGGACCUAAAACUUUUUUGUUGUUGCUUGAGUGUUUGUUAUCCAGGAGGCAUUAGGCUUACAGCUUAUUUACCUGCCCAAUAAGAAAAAAAGGGAAGCAGAUGCUGCCUACAUUCCCUUUGCAAAAUCCAGAAGAGUGUUAGAUUAUUAUUAUUGUAUACUCUGGGCAUUUUUAAUGUUCACAAGUAAACAAUGGCUGUUUGGUAACAGGUUUUAAGAACCCAUGACCACUGUUUGUUAAUAAUUCCCCACUCUUUUUUCCCACGAUCUCUCAAAUCCUCAGAGUGCAGAUUAUAUCGAAAUAAAACAUUUGCUUAUUUGUAAA